AUGCGCAAGGCAGGCAGUCUCCCUGUUGGCAGUGCUGCGGGGUCUCUGCGCAGAUCCCUCAAGGUGGAUUUGCAGGAGUCCGGGGAGAUGAGGCCAGAGUCCAGCAGCACAAGCCAAGAGAAGCCCUCUGAACAUUCAGGCCUGACUCGAUACCCUCUUGCCAAGAGGCUUUCCCUGGCAGGUCCUUCUGUGCUCAUUCCCUCCAAGCCGUUGCUUCCCAUCCCCAAGAGCUCUCUUUCUCCCAUGGCAAACAAGAUACGGAGUAGAGAGCAGGAGAGUGGGAAACUUGGCAGCGGCUGGGAUGAGGAGAUUAGAGGCAAAGAGAUGACUUCUGAGGAAAAAGGAAGUAAGACCUCCUUGCGUUAUUCCAGCACUGGGAAAAUGAAGAAGGGGUCAUUUGGAAAAUCUCUGAUCCCUGUGAUGCGCAAGGCAGGCAGUCUCCCUGUUGGCAGUGCUGCGGGGUCUCUGCGCAGAUCCCUCAAGGUGGAUUUGCAGGAGUCCGGGGAGAUGAGGCCAGAGUCCAGCAGCACAAGCCAAGAGAAGACCUCUGAACAUUCAGGCCUGACUGACUCCAGUAUUUCCAGGAGUCUUCCACAGACACGUCCCUCCUCACUGCUUCCAACCAAGCCCUUGCCUCCCAUCCAAGAGACCUCUUCUCCCAUCAAGCCAAGCAAGAUGUUUGAUGGCGAGAAAGGGGAAAUGAGCACUGGCGACGACGAUAUUGGAAGAAGCAGCCAGGAACGGAAUUCAGAGAGAAAAGGACACACGGCCUCCUUGCCAUAUCCCAGUGGUGGGGAAAUGAAGAAGGCAUCAUUUGGACUGCCUUUGAUCCCCCCAAUUCGCAAGGCAGGCAGUCUCCCUGUUGGAAGUGCUGCGGGAUCUUUGCCAAGUUCUCCCCAGCUGGAUUUGCAGGAGUCCGGGAAGAUGAGGCCAGGAUCCAGCAGUAGAAGAGAAGAGAAGUUCUUGGAACAUGCUGGCCUGACUGACUCCAGUAUUUCCAAGAGUCUUCCACAGACACGUCCCUCCUCACUGCUUCCACCCAAGCCACUGCCUCCCAUCCAAGAGACCUCUUCUUCCAACAAGCCAAGUGCUAUUUAUGAUGGUGAGAAACUGAAAGCUAGCACUGGCUUCAACAAUAUCAGAAGAAGCCUCCAGGAGGAGAGUUCUGAGGGAAAAGGACGUAAGCUGGAUUUGCAGGAGUCCCGGGAGGUGAGGCCAAGAUCCAGCAGCAUAAGCCCAGAGGAGACAUCUGAACAUUCAGGCUUCCCACUGAGCCAGGCCAAGGAGAUGGAUCAUCCCAGCAGUCCUGGUCGUAUGAGGGACAACUCUGGAAAGGUCCGUGCUACAUUGAGCAAGCUGGCUCAAAAGAACUUAGAGUGGAAGAAAAUGGAGCUUUUGGAAAAAGUGAUGAAGAGGAGACAAAAGGAAACAUCCUCACAGCUUCCUCCUAAGGCAGUGGAGCCCAGGGAUGCAGCUGAAGCAAGCUUUAGCCUACCACCUGUCAAUGGCACAGCUUCUAGUAUGCAGAGAAAACCCCCUGGUAGUGCCAUGAAGAAGAAGGUUGUGAAAAAGCAGGACAACACUCCCUUAUUGCCCAGUACACCCACCCUCCACAGGGAUGACAGCUCCCCACACAGCUCCUCAGUGACCCCGCAGACGGCCACUGGUGCCAAGCGGCGAGAGGAGCCGCUCCGUGGGCGUGGGCAGAAGGACAAAACCUUUUCAGACCCACAGAAGUCCUUGCAGGAGGCACUCUCCAUGCUGGGCAGCGAUGACUGGGAACUGAAGAAGAAGGGACUCUUCAACAUCCCACGCCUGGCUGAGUCCCAUCCAGAAGUCCUGCUCGGCCGACUUCGUGAGAUUUGCUUGGCAGCUACCAGCGAGGUGUCCAACCUCCGGUCCAUGGUGUCCUGCUCAGCAAUUGUCACUCUGGGAGAGCUGUUCGCCAUUUUGAAGAAGGACAUGGACUCUGAGGUGGAUGAAGUUGCUGCAGUCCUUCUCCAUGUGGUGUGGAACUCCCCAGAGUUUAUUUAUAAAGAAGCCUGUCAGAGCCUGGGGAUGAUGGUAGAGAACGUGACUCCUGUCCGAGCAAUGACUGCUCUCAUAGACAGGGGAGUCAAGAGCCGCUACGUCCAGGUGCGGAAGUGUGCGGCCGAACUGCUCCUGUCCUUGAUGGAGAAAAUGGGAGUCACCAAGCUCGCAGGCACCCCCAGGGCUGAGAGGCUGGCACACGUGGCAGGGACACUGGCUCAGGACUGUCACAAGGACACAAGGCAUUAUGGACAGGAGAUGGUGAAGAUGUUGCUAAAUAAUCAAAAAUUUAAAAAGCUUUUGGAGCAAUCUCUUUCCCCACAUGACCUGGAAGAUAUUUUGAGAAGAAUUAAGAAGAAGGGGAUGGAAAACCAGAAGGCUGAAUGCCCCUCUGUCAAGGAGCCAGUGAAGAAGAGGAACGACAGCCCGAAGAAGCCCCAGGACACACUGCCCUCUAGCAAACGGGUGAAGUCUGCCCCUGGUGGACGCCUCCUCCACCGUCCAAAAGCCCAGGUCACGUUACCUGCAACUGUGGAAGGAAGGGAGUCACUCCAGAAGCUUUACCAUCUCCUGGAAGCCAAGGGGUUUCAGACACGCAUGGAAGGAGUGGCACUCCUCCUAGAUCUGUGCAAAAGCAGCCCCCAGCUGAUCUCCAGUAACAUUGUCCAAAUUUUUGAUCAUUUUGUCCUGAGAAUAAAUGACACACAUAAGAAAGUGAAGCAGCAGGCGCUGGAGGUGCUGGCAGAAAUGAUUGGACUCCUGGAAGAUGCCCUGAACCCGGUGCUGAUCCGUUUGGUUGAAGGGAUAACAAAGAACCUCAACUCAAAGGAUCCCGGGGUUCAUCCUGCAGCUGUGAGGGCACUGGACAAAUCUGUUGCUCAUUUAGAUGAAGUGUCACUGAUGAAAGAGCUCUGCCACCAAUGGAGCCAACUGAGUGGCGAAGCUCUGCUGGAUGUCACAGAGCGUAUCACAGUGCUGGUGGAAUGGGUCCAUGCCAGGAGCCCUGACGUGGUGCAGCGCUACGCCCUGCCCGUGCUCUGGUGCUGCCUGGAGAACAAGGCGCUGCCUGUGCGAAGCGCCAACGUCUGCGCUGUGGUCACCAAGCUUGCCUGUGCCCUCUGCGAGGUGAUGGGCACCCAGCUGAUAAAGUGUGCUGAGAGCAAGCCUCCACAUGUGCAGGAAAACCUCUCCAGCCUUUUGGGCUGUCAUGGCAUGGGGGGCCUGAAGGAACUCCAGACUGAGGGCAAGGUGAAGACCAAGCAUGGAUCAGACUCACACAGAGGCCUGGCUGGCUACCCUCUGGCUAAGAGGUUUUCCCUGGCAAGUCCCUCCAUCCUCCUUGCCUCCAAGCCAUUGCUUCCCAUGCAGAAGAGCUCUCCUUCAACCAUCCCAGGGAAGAUGUGCCAUGGAGAGCAGGAGAGUGGGAAACCUGACACUGGCUGUCUGACAGGCUCCACUAUUGCCAAGAAUCUUCCCAAGCACGUCCUCUUCACACCUUCCCUCCAAGCCCUUAUGUCCCAUCCGAGAGAGGUCUCCAAUCAAGCCAAGCACAAUGUAUGA